AUGUUCAUUAAAAAGAUCAUUAUCCAAGGUUUCAAGACCUAUAAGGAUACCACUGUCAUUGACCUCAUCUCCCCCGAGUUCAAUGUGGUGGUAGGAAGAAACGGAUCAGGGAAAUCGAAUUUUUUCCAAGCCAUUAGAUUCGUUUUAAGUGAUGCCUAUACUCAUAUGACUAGAGAAGAGAGACAAGGUUUAAUCCAUGAAGGAUCAGGAACUGUAAUGUCUGCUUAUGUGGAGAUUAUCUUCGAUAAUGUCGAUAGACGAUUACCUAUAAGUAAGGACGAAGUGUCACUUAGAAGAACUAUUGGAUUGAAGAAAGAUGAUUAUUCCCUAGAUAAUAAGACUGCCACAAGAUCAGAUAUAAUGAACUUAUUGGAAAGUGCUGGGUUCUCCCGAUCAAACCCUUAUUAUAUAGUACCCCAAGGAAAGAUCACGGCGUUAACUAAUUCCAAAGAUAGCGAGAGAUUGACGUUAUUGAAGGAUGUUAGUGGAGCUAAGAUCUUUGAGUUAAAAUUGAAAGAAUCCCUUAAAGAAAUGGAGAAUUCUAAUCUUAAACGACAAAGAAUCGAUGAAGCUUUGAGUUCCAUUAAUGAAAGAUUAAGUGACUUACAAUUAGAAAGUGAUGAUUUGAAACAAUAUCAACAAGUAGAUAAAUCAAGGAAGAUAUUUGAAUUCAAUUUGUUCGAUAGAGAAGUCACAGAUAUAGAGAAUCGUAUUCGAGACCUUGAACUUGAAUAUCAUGAAGAUUUAGAUGCCAGUCAACAGUUUUUACAACAAUUAGAAGAUGAAGAGAAACAAAGUAAUGAGAAAAAUGAAGAAAUUAAUGGAUUAAAGACCGAAUUAAAGGUGAAAACCAUUGAAAAAUCCCAAUUAGAUGAAUAUUUGAAUGAAACAUUGAGUUCUGUGACUUUAAAAGAGAAUGAAUUCAAUGAAAAGACUCAAGAAUUCACUUUAACUAAAUCGAAAAAUCGUCAAAUUCAAUCUUCAAUAGAUAAGUAUAAAUCCCUUAUUCAUGAUACUAACGAAAACAUUAUUCAAUAUAAACCUCGAUUAAACGAGUUAAACGAAGAAGAAAAGAAGUUAAAGAAUAAAUUAGUCGAAUUAUCUACUCAACAAAGAGCAUUAUAUUCCAAACAAAAUAGGUUUCUGAAGUUUAAUAGUAAGAAAGAACGUGAUCAAUGGCUUAAUAAGGAAAUCAAAAGAUUCACUAAGGAUUUAAAUACUAAAGAAUAUGAAAUGAAUCGACUUUCGGAGAAAAUCGCCGAAAAGAAAAAUCAUAUUAAAGAUUUAGAUAUUUCAAAAGAUAAUUUGACCACUAAAUUGAAUGAUUAUCAUCACCUAAAAGCCAGCCAAGUCAGUGAACUCAAAAAGUCCAUCAAUGAAUUGAAAUCUGAACUCAAUGGUUUAUCGGAUACUAGGAAAACCUACUGGAGAGAUGAAAUCAAACAUAAAAGUAUCAAAGAUUCUUUAGUUAAUGAUGUGAAUAAUGCCACAAAUAUAGUUAAUCAAACUAUGGAUCGAUUACAAGUGCAAGGAUUAAAUGUUAUUGAAAAUUUGGUGAAGAAAUUGAAUCUUGAAGAUAAAGUUUAUGGACCAUUAAUCAAUCUUUUCUCUGUUUCCGAUAAAUAUAAAACAGCAGCUGAAGUAAUUGCUGGGAAUUCAUUAUUCCAUGUGGUAGUAGAUACUGAUGAAACUGCUUCUAUGUUGAUGGAAUAUCUUAUUAAAGAGAAAAUGGGGAGAUUGACUUUCAUACCUUUGAAUAGAAUCACAGCCAAUACUUAUGAAUACCCUGAUUCUACCGAACAUCAAUGUAUUCCUUUGAUCAAGAAAAUCAAAUAUACUAAUAGUAAGAUCACAAAAGUAAUUCAACGAGUAUUUGGACGCACUAUAGUGGUGAGUGAAUUGACUAAAGGUCUUGAACUUUCAAAGAAAUAUAAUUUAAAUGCCAUAACGUUAGAUGGUGAUGGGAUCGAAUCCCGAGGUUCAUUGACUGGGGGGUUCAGAGAUUAUAAAUCAUCUCGUUUAGAUGCUAUGAAAUUGAAAACCCGGAAAAUGGCCGAUUUCUCUCGUAAUGAAGAAGCUUUAAUUGAUCUUGAACGGAAAUUAGACCAAGUAAAUCAACAAUUUACUGAUAAAAACAACGAAUUAACCAGUAAAUUGAAACUUUUGGAUGAAUUGGAGUCCAAUGAAAUUCCUUUAAAGCAACAAUUGGCACAAAUAACCAAUGAAAUUUAUAAUAAUCAUCAAGAUUUGAAGAUUUUAGGAGGAAAUUUCGAUUCUUUAACCACCAUCAAGCAAAAUAUCGUCACUAAUUUGAGUCAAUUACAACAAGAACUCGGUUCAGAGUUCACUAAUGAUCUCAGUAAUGAAGAAAUUCAACAUUUAAAUGAUUUAACCUCAGAAAUCAAUGGCCAAGAAGAUAAAUUGAAUAAAAUUGUUAGCGAAAGUAGUGAAAUUGAAAGUAAACUCACUCAAUUUGAAUCGGAAUUAUUGAUUAAUUAUCAACCAAAUUUGACUAAACUCACAGAAUCUUUAAGUUCUUUGGAUUUCGAUGUUGAACAAGCCAAUGAUGAAUUAUCUAGAUUGAAAACUCAAUUAAACGAGCUAAACGACAACAUUAGUACAAUUGUAACUGAAAUUGAAAGCCUUAAUAAUGAAAUUUCCCUCAAACAACAAUUCCUUGAUAAGUCAAAGAAGUCACAAAUCAAACUUAUGAAGAAAAUUGAAAAGUUAUCGAAAAACCUUGAAGUUAACUUCAAUAAAAAGACCAUUUAUUCCAAUAGAAAAUCAGAAUUGACGAAGAAAAUCAGUGAUAUUGGGAUUUUACCUGAAGAAGCCUUUGAUUAUGAGAAAUUUGACGGUCUUACCAACGAUGAUUUGUUAUCUAAACUUAAUCUUACCAAUAAGGAAUUGGAGAAAUAUGCUCAUAUCAAUAAGAAAGCCAUUGAACAGUUUGAUAUCUUCAAUAACCAAAGAAAUGAUUUGUUAGGUAGAAGACAAGAUUUGAAUGAAUCCAAGAAAUCUAUUGAGAAGUUGAUUGAUGAUUUGAAAAUUCAGAAACAUCAAGCCAUAAAGAAAUCUUUCGAUAAUGUCGCCAGUAACUUCACAAAGAUCUUUGAAACUCUCGUACCUUUAGGAACAGGGAAAUUGAUCAUGGAAAGAGAAUCUCAACAUCCUGAUGAAAUCGAUAAUUAUACUGGAGUAUCUAUUUCAGUAUCGUUCAAUUCCAAGCAUGAUGAACAACAAAGGAUUGAACAAUUAUCAGGAGGUCAGAAAUCUUUAUGUGCUAUCACACUUAUCUUAUCUAUCCAAAAUUGUGAUCCAGCACCUUUCUAUUUGUUUGAUGAAAUUGAUGCUAAUUUGGAUACUCAGUAUAGGAAAGCUGUGGCUACGAUGAUAAAGGGAUUGAGUGGGAAAGCUCAAUUCAUCUGUACCACUUUCAGACCAGAAAUGUUGAUGGUGGCAGAUAAAUUCUAUGGAGUUACGUUUAAUGAUAGAGUGAGUAAUGUUGAAGAAAUUAGUAGAGAGGAUGCGAGGGUUUUUGUAGAGGGAAGUAAUCCUGAGGUCCAAACCGAAGUGCAUUGA